GGGGGUUGUUCAGUUGCUCGCUCGCAUUCGUUGGGUUCGCAGUGAGAAAACAAAAACAAAUCCACCACCUAGCUGAACAUCAAGCCAUCACUCCUGGAAGUUCUGUGGUAGUAGACCUUUGUGAUACACAAAGGGAAAGUGCGUUCUCUGCCCAGAAGUUUAAACUGGUUCUAAAAGUUGUUGAACUCUCUCUCUCGCGCGCAUCGUACCGUCGCUGGAAAGGGCGUUGUAAGUGGAGAGUAGCAACGGAGUUGGAGUCUGUGUUCACGGGGAUAGCCGAAGUUACGAAAGUUCUUGUUAAGGCUCGCGUAGAAAUUUUGCACUUCCGGAAGUGUUGUAAUUCCGGAUGUACUGACCCAAAAAUUUUGAGCAAUUUUCAAGAACUUGGAACUUUGUGACAAAGAAAAGCGUACAAGCUUUGGUGCAAAGAACAAACCUCAACGAAACAAAGGAUAACCUAACAUCGUGAGAGGAGAAGGAUAGAAGGAAAAGAAUCGAAAGAAAAUAAUCGAUCCUGUCUUGGUGUGUGCACCAGCACUGCUGGAAACCAUCUGUUUGAUCCUGCGAAGGUGUGUUCGUGUGUGAGUCUAAGCUUCCAGGAAUACAAACAAAACUAGUUUGUAGAAGAGAUCCCUUGAAAUUUGGUGAUUUUGUGUUGUUUCCACCCUCGGCCACGCCUGGAUGACGGAGUGGCGCUGCGAUCGGCCCAACAAGAAGGUGUCACUUUAGUGUGAAAGCAGGAAGUGCAAUGUAAAUGCCGCAAGCCAAUGUGUUCAACAGCGAAAAUUGCAUGCAGUACAUGUAAAAAAGUGUCCACCAAGUGAAGUAAAAUACAAAGAAAGUCAAACAUUAGAAGCGUGAGCAAGAAUAAGAAGAAACACAUCACACAAAAGAAGCUAAGAAAAAGGUUCGAAAAGAGCCAAUAGAAGAGAAAGCAAAGUGAAAAAGGGGAUAAAAGUUCUCGAAUAUUUUGGGCCUGUUCCCCCCUUCUGUAUCUCCCAUCUGAGGGUGCUAGCGUGUGUGUUCAAGCACGUGAAUCUAGCUGUGUGUGCGUAGGUGUGUCUGUGUGCACAGUGCGUGUACGGCGUGUUGUUAGAUGCUAGCAACAGCGAUGGAUAACAAAGAGAACGUUUUCAACGCGGCUCGGGACGGCAACCUGGUUGUGCUGAAGCGAUACAUCAGCGGCCGGCCCCAGAACGAGACAGAGAUGCUGGUGACGGCCAAAACGGGCGGCGCCACACCCCUGCUGAUUGCCUGCCGGAAUGGUCACUUUGACGUGGUGCAGUAUCUGAUCAAACGGUGCCACGCCGACGUCGAACAGCCGGGUUCAGUGAUAUUCGACGGCGAAACGAUAGAGGGCGCCCCGCCCCUCUGGUGCGCGUCCGCCGCCGGCCACACCAGCAUAGUGAAGCUUCUAGUCCAGCACGGUGCCAAAGUGAACAGUACAACCAAAACGAACAGCACGCCGCUGCGGGCGGCCUGCUUCGACGGCCACUACGAGAUCGUCAAAUACCUAGUGUCACACGGGGCCGACAUCGAGGUCGCGAACCGCCACGGCCACACCUGCCUGAUGAUCGCGUGCUACAAGGGCCACUACAAGAUCGCACAAUACCUGCUCUCGCUCAAGGCGGACGUGAACCGGCGCAGCGUCAAGGGCAACACCGCGCUGCACGACUGUGCCGAGUCCGGCUCGCUCGAGAUCCUGCAGCUGCUGCUCCAGCACGGCGCCACCAUGGACGUGGACUCGUACGGAAUGACACCCCUGCUAGCGGCCAGCGUCACCGGUCACCUGCCCAUCGUGGAACACCUCAUCAGUUUGCCAUUCGUGAAGCGGGAAGACCGGAUAGCGGCGCUCGAGCUGCUCGGGGCGACCUACGUGGACAAGAAGCGCGACAUGUUGGGGGCGCUCUCGUUCUGGAAACGUGCCAUGGAAGAUCGCUACAACAACAGUCCGGUGCUACCGAAGCCCGUCCGAGAACCCGUGCCCGCGUACGACUUUGGCCAGGAGGUGAACGACCUGGACGCGCUGGACGAGCUCGUGAUGGACCCCGAUGAGAUGCGCAUGCAGGCGUUGCUAAUCCGCGAGCGAAUACUCGGCCCGGUCCAUCCGGACACCAGCUACUACAUCCGCUUCCGAGGUGCCGUUUACGCCGACUCGGGCCGCUUCGACCGGUGCAUCGAGCUGUGGACGUACGCGCUGUCCAUGCAGCAAAACAUCCUGGAACCGCUGAACCCAAUGACCCAAUCAUCGCUGCUCUCGUUUGCCGAACUGUUCAGCUUUAUGCUCGGCGAGGCGGGUCGACCCAUCACCCGUGGCCGGAUCGUGCCACCGAUCGAAACCUCGGACAUGUUGAUCAUCUUCAAGAAGUCGAUCCGCGAAGUUCAGUACGGCCAGCGCAUGCUGGAGCAGAUGCCGACCCACGAACGGGACAGCACGGCGUUGAACCGAGCGCUGGUCAUCUCGCUGCAUCUGGCCUGCCUGUUGGCCCGAUUGCUCGACGAGGACGAAGAAGUGUGCUGUGAUAGCAUGAAGCACCAGAUUCUGCGUGCGUUCUACGAAUUAGUCAGUUUGAAGAUCGUGGCCAAGUCCGGCCGGACGGCGCUCCACCUCGCGUGCUACAAGGAGGCCGCGCUCGUCGGUCGCUACCCCGCCUGCCAGCUGCCCUCGCCCCGCCUCGCGAAGGCGCUGCUCCAGGUCGGGGCGGACCCGAACGCGCAGGACGAGGCCGGCAACACCCCGCUGCAUUUAGCCGCCCUGACGCGGCCCUGCCCGGCCGUGCUGGCCCAGACGCUGCUCGAGUACGGGGCGCACCUGGACACCAGAAACCUGGACGGCGACACGUUCGAGUCGCUGCUGCAGAACCAGCGCCUGCACGAGCUGGUCAACCCGGUCCGGUACACGCGCCUCUCCUGCCUAGCCGCCCGCGUCCUCCAGCGCCACUCGAUCGAGUACCACGGCCAGGUGCCCACGUGUCUGUACGAGUUUAUCGAUUCCCACUAAUGGGGAGGAGGGAGAGAAGCAGAAGAAGAAGCAGAAGCUGCCACCACCAGUAGUAGUCAGUCACAGUAGGCUAAGGCUAAUCCGAGUUUAGGAGGAGAAAACGGAAUGCAUGUGCGUUGUGAGCUUGAUGAGAGAGAGAGAGGGCGCAUCCCUAGCUUCCGCAACGAGACAACUUUCGGUAGAAAAGAGAAAAAUGCUUGAAAUUUUGCCAUCAGCUACCGAUUUGAGCGAGCAAUUCAAACCGGGUUUAGAGUGAGGCGCGAAUUUAUUGUUCUUUUUAAGGUUAGGUUUUUAUUCGUUUUUUGACCCUUUCAAAGCGAGGGAGGGCACCCCGGGAAGGUUCCAUUUCUUAACCAAUGGAACAGUUCGAAGGGGGGUGCGUUGAGGGGUGAAAAAAAUGCGCCAUUUUGUUUGGUUCUUUCUAUUUUUUACCGAUCCAAUUUCGCCAAGCGUGGUACGCGUCAAGGCCUACUGCGAGUUCGAAAUCAGUGCCGAGUGUAGAAAGAUUUUACUUUUCGUUCCGCAUUAGUUCGUAAGAUUAAGGAUAGUCGGAGUAAGUUGCUAGUAGCUUUUGCUAAUUGUAGAACGACGAACGGUGAUAGUCUAGAGCUGAGAUUAUGUUUUAGAAAUCGAGUGCAACAGUUUCAUUGUUCCGAUCAUAUCUAUUUUGACGCUACACUUAUUUGCCUUUCCUUUUUCUAGCCUAAGAAACGAGCUCAUUUUUUAAAAAGUUCAUUAGGGUUAGGGAGUUAAUUUAAUUUGAGAGACAGUUUCCUAAAAGUUUCCUGCAACGUGAACAAUUUGUAAAUAUUGUUUUAGAAGAAUCAAAAUCAUGUUGACAAACAGCAGCCGGUUUAUCUGCGAAAUGAAAUAAUAAAGAAAAACUUGAAAUUCUGAAGUAAGAUUUCCCACAUUAAAAUCACAAAUCGACCAAUCAAAUAAUCGUUUUAGUUAGCAAACAUUUGGAGAGAGAAAAAACGGAGCGGAAACAUUUCCUAUAUAUUUACUUUGAAGAAAAAAAUCAUUGGAAACCAAGAGAUCCCGUUUGGCCUUAACAUUUCUCUUUCCCCCCAAAAAUCAUCAUCCUUCACAAACAAUCCCGUCUGUAUGUGUGUGUGUGUGUGCAGUGUGUGCAUGUAACAAACGUCGUGAUAUCACUCUCGCUAGUGAAAGUAGUUUAUCAUCAUUCAUACCCAACACACUCACAUAAGUAUAUCAACAAGCAAACAGAAAAUCGUUCGAUUUCAAAUUGUAAUUGUGUGCGUGUCGUUGAAAAAAUAGUGAAUAAACCGAAGAUGAAAACAAAUAAGAAACAACCACAUAGCGAAGUAUCUUAGUCAAAUCAAUAAAGCAAACCAACAACCAAGCAUGUUACAAUAAAUUAAAACAAGCAAAAAAAUAAGUCGCAAAUAAAACAAACGAGAGAGAGAAAGAAGAAAGACGCCUAGAAUAAACUUCCCACACAAAUAUACACACACUCACACUCAACAAUAAACAAAUUUGGUACAGAGAAACAGGUGAAAAAUAAAAGUUUAAAGAAUCCUAUAAAGUAGAAAAGUGAAAAGAAAACCCCCGUUUUAUCCAGCAAAUAAACCAAUACAAGAGAAAAACAAAUCACACCGUGUGAGAUGAAGAUGAUAGUCGCGAAAUGCAGUGAGAAAGAGAAAGUAAGAACAAAGAGUAUUGUGAGAGAAAAAGUUGAGCAAGUGGGAGAGUAAUGAGAAAAAAGAGAGAGAGAGAGAGCAAAGGAAACAAAUCAACAGGAAACAGAAAAUAUUAUUAUAAUUGAAUACGAACAAUAUACAACAGAAACAUGAGUAUAAAAA